AUGGCCGGCGACAAAGAUACCGAGAUGAAGGAUACCUUUGAGGGGAGCGAAGAUGAAACUGGUAAUAUGCCUCCUUCCCCUUUCAAAAGCUGGACGGAAUAUGAAGCAUAUCACGGUGGAAUGAUGAGUCAACCACAGAGGGGAGGAAAUCGCUUUGCUCUCGGCCCAUCAUCAACCCCCGACGCCUUCCUGCCAGUGAGCGGAACUCAACACACUGAACCGACGACUCGAUCUCGGAGAAGGAGUGAAACCCCGGGCCUUUUGCAAAGCUCGACUGAACAAGAAGCAGCUGACGAUGGACAAAUGAGUCGGCCCCAGGUGGAGGGUGACCCCGUUCCUCGUCGCUCAACAACAUACCCCGAAGUCGGCUUCUUCAAAUAUCCAAACACUGGACCGAGACUUCGAUCUCAGGGGAGGGGGGGAAAACUCCCCAGUCCCAUUGCCCAAGGUCCCCCUAAAGGACCGCGCCCAGCGCGCCUCAAUCUUCCCCGGGAAGCAAACUUGGGUCCUAAUGACGACCCCCGCAGCGCGAUAAUGGACCAUCCACGACUGGACUGGGAGACUAGAGAACAGUGGGCAAACAGGGUGAGGUAUGCUCAACAAAACGUCGGGUACAUGUCCAAACCAUGCAUUCCAACUGUUAAGGAAGCCACAGUUCUAGCAAAGGACCUGCAUCACGGGGAAGCCAGAGUAGAUGACAGGAUGCGGGUCAAGAACCGCAUGGAGACUCAGCAUGCGCACAAGAUGGAUAAGAAGCACAGGGAGUAUAACAGGACGUAUACCCAACGCUGGUAUGCAGACAAGAAACUCCGCCAAGAGCGCAACGCAGAAAUCGACCGGCAACUCUUGGAAGAGGUGAGGGCAUGGCAGGAACGUACUGGACAACCCAGAGAGCCAACACCCGAUCCCGCGGAAGAUAGCGGCGAUUCUUACUAUACCCACGAGUAUGAGUUUUCCGGCUGGCCAGGACCUAUAUUACCGCUUGCAUGCCUCUAUUGCCAGCGGAACAAAAGACACUGUACUAUUCCGGACGACGGAGGCUUUCCUUGCUUGCAAUGCGUCAAUUAUAAACAGGAUUGCAAAACCACCCCCGUCGGCCCAAGAAUGCGCGGCACAACGCCGAAUAGCGUUUAUACAAAGGCUGACCCCCUGAACACUGUCUUAAGGAGCACUAUGACUACGAGAGCUGUCUCAAAGAGUGCAGCCCCAGAGGGCGCUUCCAAAGUAAGUGACCCAGAGCGUGCAACCCCAAAGAGUGCAACCCCAGAGGCAGUGUCAGAGAGUGCUCCCCCCAAGCGACCUGCCUUUAAGCAUCCUGCCACGAAGCGUGCUCCCACGAAGCGUGCUCCCACAAAACGUGCACCCGCAAAGCGACCACUCCCAAAGCGUGCUUCCACAAAGCGUGCUCCCACAAAGCGUGCUCUGUCAAAGCUCUCUACUGUACAGAAUGCAGGGAGUGCCAGUCCAGAGAGCGCUGACCCAGAGACUACUAAACCCCAAACCGCAGACCCAGAAGAAACAGAUUGGGCGAGUUGGUUGGAUCAAGGGCAGCAAACUAACUCUCCCCAGGGAAGCCCACAAAUGGGGGGUACCGACCCUACGCUCAUGGCCCGGGAGCCAAAAGGAAAAGGGCCUGAAGUUGCGGUUGCAGAAGGUGACGAUCGUUGCCGCAACUGCAUAGAGAAGAACCGGAUGUGCAAUCCCCCUAAUAAACCUUGCUGGGACUGCAUCCUAUUUGAGGAAAGCCACCUCUGUGAUGGCAGCAAUCCAGAAAAUGACAACAUGGCAGACGAACAAGAUAUCGCAUUAUUCCAAAACUUGCAAGAAUAUCUGGCUGACCCAUCUCCCCAAGAGGAUCUAUACUCCGAAGAAGGUGGCUACUUCGACAAUGCAUACGGUGAUACGAUGACAGCACGAGAACAACUCGAGCGACUCGAGGAAAUCAUGCGCGAGAACAGCCUCUAUCCACCGCUCCCAGUGCCUGACCCACUUCGGAUUUUCAGCACUACUUGGGCAGAGGCUCAGCUUCAGCAUGCUGGCGAGUCUGCGAUGGCCGGGCAAGAACCCGGAGAUCAGGUACCAGAACAUUUCCAACAACAGGAGAUCCCAGCCGCCAGAACUGAAAGCGCACUGGGAAACCAAGCUUCAGGGAACCAAGUCCUCCAGGCAGCACUUCCUGGCGAUCAGUGCCCGGAUACAAUGGAUGGUGUAGAGAAUGAGUAUGACGAGAGCAACAUCGAUCCAAUGCUCCUACACGCUGACCCGCUUCAGUUCUUCGCUACCUUAACAGAUGAACAACUUCUAAAUGCUAGCCGGUAUGAUACCCUCGGGCGAGAAAUCGGACGUCUUGAAGCAGGACAGAUCCCAGGAGGAGAGAGCUCAGCAGCAGCAGCAGCGGGACACGUAUCGCCAUAUACCCAAUCCCCCCAAGCACAAUCCCCUUACCAGCUCCUCCCGGGCGCACGAGACGUUUCCGCAGACCAUGAACAAAUUCAAGGUAGGAUGGCUCAUGCGGGAAGCGCCGAGGAAGCACAGGAACUGGCAGAACUUUUGAGCCGCAUCGAACGCGGGCCAGACGGUUCAUGCCUCGACGACCCGGACUCUUCAUAA